UGAUGAUAAUUGUGGUAUGUUUAUGUCAUGUUUUCAAUUUUACGAGUCAGGUAAACAACCCUAUGUAUAAACUGGGUGACGAAUACUGGAUAUCGUGACAAACAUUUCAAGCAUGGAUAUAAUCAGUGCUUCAAAAUAGUGAUUAUAUUUUGUUAAAGAAUGAGUUAUCAUCAUGAUCGAUUAAAUGUCAUAUUUUAUGUUAGUUUGGCGAAAACUGUUAUUGUCAUAAAUCACUGCUUAUAAUAAAGCAAUCAAAAACACACAUAGUGACAUACAAAAUGGAGGACCCUGGUUUGGAUAUUCAAGUUCAGGAAACACGUGGGGACGACGGCAGCUACAAGUACGCGUUCACUUACGAGCGCGCGACGCUCUACGAGUUCAAAUACGAGCGGAAGGCGACGCCAGAUCCGGUGGACCCCUGCUAUCGCUGCUACCGCCGGAUAUGGGACAAGGAGCAGAUGGUCAACGUCGGCGUCCUCUACCACAAGGCGUGCUUCCGAUGUCGGAUCUGCGGCCUUCCGCUCACCAUGCAAACGUUCCACCGGAACGACGCCAAUGGCUCGCAGGAUCGCGAGGUGUACUGUCGGACGCACGUGGGUAAAGCCAUUAACCAGAUUCAGCAGGAACGCGCCAUCAUCGAAGGGCUCGAGGACGGAUUCGGCUCGCAAAGUUUGCGUGACAAACCGAUUUCGGCCAUAAAGGCGGCGCCAGACUUCACUCCAAAGCCCAGCCCCCGUGGUAGCCCGAAGGGUAGCCCCGCUGGGUCGGUGCAGCACACGCCCUCCAAGCAUGACCUACAUAACACCAGCAUGGCCUCCAGCAUGGUCAGUGUCACGCCGCGCAGCCUCAAUGGAACGUCCUGGCUGACUGGCACGGCUGAAAGUACCCUCGAGUACACGCUGAUGACGGGUGGUCUGUACGGGCGACCCAGGCCCAUUCUCCAGAGUUAUCAGGAUUUCGAAAAGUUCCGAGUUUUUGAAUCUCAAUGGACGCUGGAAAGCCGGCACCGCGAGGAAGAGGAACGGCUGCAGCGCUUCCUGUUGGAGGAACGGGAAAAGGAAAUGCGGAGGCUCGACACGGUCGUCGACCAAGAGAAAGAGCGCGCCGCCUCAGAACUCCUGGCUAGCAUGGAUCCAAUGACAGUUCAGAAGAAUCCACAGGCGCUGGUGGCGGGGCGGGAGCGCAUCGAGGAGCACUUCCGGAAUGUGCGCGACGACCGACUUCGCAACAUCCAGGAUAAGGUGGCGACAGAGGAGAAGGCGCGCGCAUCCCGGAUGCUGGACAGGCAGUGCCAAGAAAUGCUGGUCCUCAUUGCGGAAAAAGAUCGGAUGGCGGAUACGAGCUGCAUUUACGACCAUUCCAUGAGACCGCCUGUGCUGCCGCCAGAGGGCAGGAAGUCCAAACUGUACAAGUCACCGAUUAUAUUUGAGCAAAUAGAUAAACGGGCAUUAGAGUUAUCAAAUCGGGACUAUAACACAUUCACGGACCUCGUGCGAGAUCUCACUCGAGACUGCCAGUCCGAGCUCGAGAAAUGCAGAGCGUUGUUCCGCUGGAUCAUCGCAAAGGACAUUGGGAAGACGAGUGGACGUGACAUCUCGCGCCCCAAUUCGUCCUUGACAUUGCUGAAGGGCGUGAAGAGCGGACGGGAAACGUACCACCAACUGUUCAAGAAGCUCUGCAGCUACGCUGGGCUACAUUGUGAAAUCGUUCUCGGCUUUUCAAAGGGCGCGGGAUACAAGCCGGGCAUGAAUCUCACCGGAAACGCUUUCCGGAACUCUUGGACCGCUGUCGCCAUCGAAGGAAACUGGCGGUUCGUCAACGUUACGUGGGCGGCACGGCAGGUGACCGGCCUUAAAGAGGAACUUCCGGAAAUGUUCACCAAGUAUGAUGAAUUCUACUUUCUUACAGAUCCAGAAGACUACAUUUACCAACAUUACCCGGACGAGGCGUCCUGGCAGUUACUUGAAAUUCCACUUCCGUUUUCGGAGUUCACGAACUUGCCAGUUGUAAAGUCGCCUUUCUUUAAUUACGGUUUACGGUUUUAUUCCAAUUACGGUGCGACGUUAGUAACAGAUACGGGCAUGGUUGAAGUUCGGGUCACCAUGCCGAAGAUUCUUGGGUUCGGUUCGUUAUUGGAAGCGCAAGACAAGGCGACUAACACCUCGAAUUUAGAGGGGCGCACAUUGUUGCGGUAUGUGAAAAACGAGGCCAUAUUUACUGUGAACGUUCCCAAGCCGGGCUUGUACUAUUUCUCCAUUUACACGGGUGACUACUGGAAGGCGGAUUGUUUGGAAAGUGCUUGUUCAUUCGUAGUUCAUUGUACGCCCAACAUGAGAGGAGCUGCACCGCCAUAUCCACCGGUUCCUUUCUUUGGACCGACGCCCGUGAUGGAGAAAUUCGGCAUAGUGGCAGAAAAUCAAAUUGACCCUCUGAUUGUCUCGGAUAGCGACUACCUAGACAUAGUGUUUAACAUGGACAAAGAAAUCAAAGUGACUCACACGUUCCAAUAUUACGACGCUCACGCAGGGACCGUCAAUGACAUUGACAGGUACGUGUUUUUGAAGUCCAGAAACGAAACAGGAGCGACGUACAUGAUUCGAUGCCCAAAGGAGGGCUUCUACAUUUUCUCCUUGUACGCGACCCAGGCGGACGGUGCCGAGAGCCAGUCAUUAGACUGCGCCUACAGAUACCUGAUCAUCUGUCAGGAACCUAACCCCGCAGUGGUGGCGUUUCCGCGGACCUACCACCGCUGGCAGCGUUGCACGCUCCACGAACCCGUUUCCGGUGAUCUCAUGACCAACAAGCGCUACACCUUCCGGUUAGACGUGCCACAGGCGUCGGAGGUGUUCGUCGUCAUUGGGGAGCUCUAUCAUCACCUGAAGCGGAAGUUAGGGUUCACAUGGGAAGGGAAUAUCCCAACCGGAAAUGCAUCAACGGCGCUGAAGGUGGUUGCGCGAUUCGCCAUGACCGGACAAGAGUGUUCGAUAUUCGCGCACCUCUUGGAUUACGAACUGGUGGCAGAUGCAGAAACAGAGAUUUGAUAGUUGUAUAUAUUAUUAAAAUCUAAACGUGAACAAAAUAUGUAUACGUGCCAUUGGAAGUUAGUUUAUGCAGUAUAUAGGAGCACGCACUUUCGUAUUUCGGUUUACUUUUGCGUAUAAUUCAAUAACUUAUCAGGCCAAAAUAUGUUCAUUGUUUCUUACGUACAUUUACAGAAAAAUAGGGCAAGAAAGUCGGUCAAACUUCUUUUUUUUACUUUUAACGAUAUGCGAGUUUUUUUUCUCACUUUAAGGUCUAACAGCAGAGAGAUUGCAAAUUUCUAUUAAACAUGCUUUCUUGAAUUGAUUGUAGUUAACCCAUGUAUGCCUAGCGUCUAAAAAAAGGCCUUGGCAAGCAGCGUAGACCCAGAUGAGACGACGCAUGAUGCGGCGUCUCAUAAGGGUCUGCGCUGUUUGCUUAAAUUUCUGUAAGAAAUAUUCUAAAUAUAGAAAUAAAUAUACUAAACAACCCUAAUUUUGGAAAUAGAUUGAUCAAACUUAGAAGGAUGGGAGAGUCCACUAGGCAUAAAUGGAUUUAGGUAUUAGAACUGCAAUACUACAUUAUGAUUUUCAAUUUUGGUAUUGUUAAUACAUGUGUACGUUAAUGAUUCUAAAUGCAUUUAUGAUUGA